AACCCCCGCCUCCGCCGGGAUUUCGAGUUUGGGAAGAGGCGUUCCCAGGCCAGCUCCCGGUGCCUGGGCUUUAAACGUCCGAGCACCCCAGAGGGAAGGGGUGGGCGUGGAGACCAGGAAAAAGGAACCGAGGCAGCUUGGUUUGCAGCCCUCUUGCACAAGGAACGGCCAUUAGGACGUCCGCAGGCCAAGAGCCUGCUGGUCAUAGCGUCGCCCAAGGACGUACAAACCUCAAGACCUGUUGACGACGAGCCAGGAACACGCCCUUGGAUUCACCCUCCGGUGAUAAACUGCAUUCAGUUGUGUGUGCAAGAUUGGAAAGAGUUGGCGUGAUUAGAAAUUGAUUCCCUGUAAAGGUUUAUUGAAGUCAAAAUGUCUAAAAAAAUAUGUGGCGGUUCUGUGGUAGAGAUGCAAGGAGAUGAAAUGACCCGAAUCAUUUGGGAAUUAAUUAAAGAAAAACUCAUUUUUCCCUAUGUGGAAUUGGAUCUGCAUAGCUAUGACUUAGGCAUUGAGAAUCGUGAUGCCACCAAUGACCAGGUGACCAAGGAUGCUGCCGAAGCCAUAAAGAAGUACAACGUUGGCGUCAAGUGUGCUACUAUCACCCCUGAUGAGAAGAGGGUAGAGGAGUUCAAGCUGAAGCAGAUGUGGAAAUCGCCGAACGGCACCAUCCGAAAUAUUCUGGGUGGCACUGUCUUUAGGGAAGCUAUCAUCUGUAAAAAUAUCCCCCGGCUCGUGAGUGGGUGGGUAAAGCCCAUCAUCAUAGGUCGUCAUGCUUAUGGGGAUCAAUACAGAGCAACUGACUUUGUUGUUCCUGGGCCUGGAAAAGUAGAAAUAACCUACACACCAAGUGAUGGGACCCAAAAGGUGACAUAUGUGGUACAUAACUUUGAAGAGGGUGGUGGUGUUGCCAUGGGGAUGUACAAUCAAGAUAAGUCGAUAGAAGAUUUUGCACACAGUUCCUUCCAAAUGGCUCUGGCUAAGGGCUGGCCUUUGUAUCUGAGCACCAAAAACACUAUUCUGAAGAAAUAUGAUGGACGUUUUAAAGACAUCUUUCAGGACAUAUACGAGAAGCAGUACAAACCCCAGUUUGAAGCCCAGAAGAUCUGGUAUGAGCAUAGGCUCAUCGAUGAUAUGGUGGCCCAAGCUAUGAAAUCAGAGGGAGGCUUCAUCUGGGCCUGUAAAAACUACGACGGUGACGUGCAGUCAGACUCUGUGGCCCAAGGUUAUGGCUCUCUUGGCAUGAUGACCAGUGUGCUGGUUUGUCCUGAUGGCAAAACAGUAGAAGCAGAGGCUGCCCACGGGACUGUAACACGUCACUACCGCAUGUACCAGAAAGGACAGGAGACAUCCACCAAUCCCAUUGCUUCCAUUUUUGCCUGGACUAGAGGAUUAGCCCAUCGAGCAAAGCUUGAUAACAAUAAAGAGCUUGACUUCUUCGCAAAGGCUCUGGAAGACGUCUGCAUUGAGACCAUUGAGGCUGGCUUUAUGACCAAGGACUUGGCUGCUUGCAUUAAAGGUUUACCCAACGUGCAACGUUCGGACUACUUGAAUACAUUUGAGUUCAUGGACAAACUUGGAGAAAACUUGAAGAUAAAGCUAGCUCAGGCCAAACUUUAAGGGUACACUUGGCCUUAAGAGGAUAAGUGUUCUAUGGUAACUAGGUCCACAGGUUUACAUUUUUCUGUAUAACACUCAAAAGUAAAGGCAAAAUCAAUUUUGUAACUUGGUUAAAAGCCAGAGUUUAUCUUUUCUAUAAGUUUACAGUCUUUUUCUUACAUACAUACAGUUACUGCCUCCUCAUGAAGGUGGCAGGACACUUUUUUAAAUUUUAUUUUAUUUUCUAGUAGCAGCCAAGAAAUUACUUUAGUACUCAGUUGUAUUCACUGUCACUUUUUCUCAUGUUUCAGUAUAAAUGACCAAAAUCAAGAGUGCUUGAAAGGGUAAAUGACAGCCACAGUAUUGUUCCCUAAAAUAUGUGUAAGGUAGAAAUUUACUCCCUUCCUCACUUGCCUUUAACCUUGGACACUGGGAGGAUUUGGUGUUACAGAUAUUCCCUAGGUGAGGUAGAGCUAUUCGUUGUAUUUGUACAUGAUUGGAACAAACAUGUUGAAAACACUGCAGUUGUUUUUUGCAAAGAGCUCUUGAUAAAUGUUUUGAAUACAGUAAAUAUAUUUGAGGCCACUGGAGAGUUGGAAUCCAAAAUAAAUACUACCUGGAGGUUUGUUCUCUGUGUUCGACCUUUCCUCCUCCUGGCCUGGUCUGAGUGUUAUGCUACCCUAAAUAGCAUAUUUCAUCCACGUGCAAUAACGUAAGCUGCACCUUUUUUUUUUGGAACUCUGCUGGCCUGUUUCAUUUCUUUUAUAUAAAUGUGAUUUCUCAGAAGAUGAUAUUAAACACUAUUCUAGUUCUGUUCUUCAGCUGAAUUGUUCAUUAAAAUUAAUGCUAAUGACUA